UUCCGUAUCGGCAGUGAUUUAAAGUUGUAGAUAAGUUGCCUCUGCUGGUUCUCAAUGGUUACUCAAUGCUUACUUCUGUACCCUACGAAGAUGUGACCACUCCUCUGACGAGUUACUCACGAACAAAAGAAGAUACGAACUCAACUCCCACGCAGACAAGAGGCAGGCAGAAGAAUGAAUAUAAAAGUCAACUUAACAUCUUUCCGCCCAAUUGUUUGAGAAGGACAGUUCGACCCUGCCGAAGGUAUCACGUGAUCGAGGACCAAACAACCCUGCUUGCCAACCACAUCGCUCUGCAGAUGCAUUGCGAGAAAGGCUUGAAAUGGACUGCAAUACCUGACUUUGCUGGGAGCUAAAUCAAUAAAGUUUCACAACCUGUAAUGCCAUGUGGUCCUUAUGAGACAUAUGUGAUAUUUUGGUGCAAAGGGCGCAACAUCUCAAACCCAGCUCACUGGCGUGUUCUGGGGUCGUACCUGACAAAACUUUCUCUGAGUUGAGAGGGGUGUCAACAACAACACCGGCGGCUGCAACUCUUCCAACAACCGCUAUAACAACACACAAAACAACAAGAAUAAUAACAAUAACAAUAACAGCGCCAGUGACAGAGGUGGUGAUAGUGCAGUUGGUAGCGUGACGAAGCCAAUUCUGUUCCUCCAGGAGAGCCCUGAAUGCGGUGCGGUGUUCAGCCGCUUCCUCUACUUCAUCUACAGCGGGGCCGUUUGGCUGCACCGGGACUACGUCAUGGCUCUCUUUCAGCUCGCCCUCAAGUAUGGCGUGGCGGCGCUAGCAGCGCACUGCGAGAACUAUGUCAUACAGCUGCUUCGUAAGGGCUUAAACCCCGCACACGCCAACAAUGCUUCAAGCCACGCGCACUCCAACCCUGCGGGCCCCGCUUCCAGCUCGAGCUCCACCCCUUCUCUGUCCGUGUGUGCUGUAUGUGACUUGUGUGAGGAGGAGGGCUAUCGAGAAGAGACACGACGAGCUGCUUUCGCGCUCCUAGCUCGCCGUUUCGCAGAACUCUCUCACACAGAGCGCUGGGCUUCGUGUCGGUGGACCACAGUUCGAGAACUGCUGCGCUCGGACGAGUGUCCGUGCGAGGAGAAUCUGGUCUUGGUUGCAGCCACGGACUGGAUGAAGCGCAACCGACUACAGGACCGGACACAGAUACAGGAGAUCCUGGCCUCAAUCCGAUACCCUCGCCUACCGCGGCGGGUGCUCUACCACCUGCACACCACAGCCAGCUUCAAGAACUUUCCGCUGGUGCAGGAGCUCAUAGAAGCCGCCAUCCGAUACCACUGCUUCAAAGAGGUGCCCGAGGCGCAGGCGGACUUCACCGGGCGGCAAUAUCACGCACGCGGCGGCGGCGGCGGCAGCUCAAGGCACAGCGUGCACGGGGAGGGUAGGGAGAGACAAAUCGAGCUUUCUGGAGAGGGGAGAGAGAGACAGGAUGUGCACGGGGAGGGAAGAGAGAGACAAGGCCUGCCUGGCGGAGGGGGUAGGGAGAGACAGGUCCUACUGGGUGAGGGGAGGGACCUACUUGUGUCUGACGACACCGCCCCACUCUCGGCCUCACACCAGCGGCCCGCACCCCUCCCGAUCCACCACACAGCCGACGUGGAGGUCAUAGAGUUCGAGUCCGACACACUUCCAGUACGAAGAGGGUUGUGUCUGGAGCCGGGGUUAGCAGGUGAGGAAGGCAGGGGUGGAGCUGACAGUCCGGAGCCUAUGCAGAGCAGCCAAGAGAUAAUGGAGGAUCACAGAGAAGCCCCUCCUCCUUUCCGUCCAUGCCGCGCUCAUCACACUCAUCAUCACGCCCACACGCACCACCGCCCACAACCCCGCCAUCACCAUAGACACGCCCACAUCUCCUCCGCCCUCCCGGACUGCCCACUGUCCAGCUUCCACCCACUGGGCCCCUCCCCCUGCAGCACUGGCUCACCUGUGGCGGCCGUGUCCCCGCGCGUACAGACAGUCCGCUGCCAGGCGGGCGAGUCACGUGACAUGGCCGGGCCAGGGGGCGCGGGAGUGACCACCUCAGCCUCGCCGGACAUCUCGCUACAGAUCAACAUUCGCUCUCACACCCAGGUCUGACAUCAAAAUGAUACUGUAUGCACGCAGUCAGGUGUGUUUAAUAAUAUAAAAAAAAGACCGACAGGCGAAGCACAAGACAAACACAUUUCACUACAACUCAAACAGUAGUAUGCUUUCGUUGUCUGGUGUGAGGACACGCAUGAUGUGUGGAUUGUGCGCAUCGGUAGACAGAUCUAAAACGACACACACGCUUGUUUACUAAAGACUAAAGCACUCUCCUCAGACAAAUCAGUGUGUGUGAAGCAGUAACGUUGUGAUGUAAUGUAAUGGUACAUGUAUGUUACAUUGGGCACAUGCCAACCUGUCUCUCCCACACACACAACUCAUUUAGUGCAAUGCUAAGUCAUAGUAGGCUAUCCGUUAGAUGGCAUGGGAUAUGUUCUCUUUCUUUUUCCCUGUUUCUCUCUUUUUUUCGUUCUCGUUCUCUCUGUCUCUCUCCUUCUCUGUG